AUGACUCCCCGUUAUCCCGGCCGACAGGAUGUCGACCCGACACCUCUGGCCCAGCCGCUGAGCUUCCCCUUCUCGACGGCCGUCGCCCCGAACCGCCUCAUGAAGGGCGCCAUGUCAGAGCGUGUGUGCACAUGGGAUGUCGCCAACCCCUCCAAGCGCGGCGCUCCCACCGAAGAGUUCCUGAACCUCUACCGCAACUGGGGUACCGGCCGCUGGGGCGUACUCCUCACGGGCAACGUAAUGAUCGACCCGGCCCACCUCGAGGCACCCGGAAACCCAGCCAUCUCCCUUGAGCACCAGCCCGUCGAGAGUGAAGAGCGCUUCGAGACUUGGCGCCGCAUAGCUGCGGCGGGUAAGGCCGGAGGCUCUCUCCUCCUCGCACAAGUCGGCCACCCGGGACGUCAGGUCGUCAGCGCCAUCCAGUCGGACCCUGUCUCCGCCUCGGAUGUCCAGCUGGUGACGGACUUUGGGGGCAUGACGUUCGCCAAGCCGCAUGCGGCGACGUUGGAGGAGAUCAAGAAGCUCACGGAAGGCUUCGUGCACUGCGCCGAGUACCUCGAAAAGGCCGGAUUCGACGGCCUCCAGCUCCACGGCGCACACGGCUAUCUGAUGGCGCAGUUCCUCUCGCAGACGACGAACAAGCGGACGGACGAGUACGGCGGUUCGCUGAGGAACCGAGCUCGAUUCAUUACCGACGUCGCCGACAGCAUCCGCGCGCGGACGGGCCCCGGGUUCGUCAUGGGCAUCAAGAUCAACAGCGUCGAGUUCCAGGAGUCCGGAUUCACGACCGAUGAAGCUGCAGAGCUGUGCCAGCUCUUGGAGGAGCACAAGUUUGACUUUGUCGAGCUGAGCGGCGGGACGUACGAGAGCUCUGGGUGGCACCACAAGAGAGAGAGCACAAGAGCCCGUGAGGCCUUCUUCCUCGACUUCGCGGAGAAGAUCGUGCCUCAUGUGAGCAAGACCAGGACCUACGUCACGGGUGGCGUCCGCUCAGUCGGCGCCAUGGUUGAUAUCUUGCAGGCUGGACUCGAUGGCGUGGGCAUCGGGCGGCCUGCUUGUGCGGAGCCGAGGUUGCCCAAGGACAUAUUCGAGAACGGUGUCAAGAGUUGUGUCAAGCCUCUGCUCGACGAGCAGGACUUUGGUCUUGGAGUCGCCAUGGCGGGAUCGCAGAUGCUGCAGAUGGGCCACAACGAGGAGCCCAUGGACCCGUCAGAUCAGAAGGCGACAGAAGGCUUGGUGAAGGACCUCACGGCUUGGAAAGCUCGAGUGGCUGAAAGCAAAGGGCAGCUGUACGGGUUCGCCAGGCUGGAGUCGGCUCCCGUGUUCCCGUAUGGCGGCAAUGCUGCCCCGGCAAGAUUGUGA